GUAUCUGCCUUCGUUUGCUGUGAGGUGAGCUGGAUGGACUAUGACGUCGUUGCGGAAGGCACCAUCGCUACUUCCGCUGAUGACAACAUGAACAUCGAACAACCUGUUCUUCAGCUUUGUCCCUGAGACCGACGUUCAUCGAACCAUCACUGAAGGGUCGUAUCAUCUUCGCCAUCCGCCUUCGAAGAGGUGAGCUUCUUCCAGGUGAUUGAUCAAAGAUGUCUGGCUUUCAGGAACGUAAAGCCUUCCAGGCAUAUCCCUCGACUGGAUCGCUUCUCGGCCUCGCCCAGGCAGGACUCACUCCAUCCUUGCAACUCCAUGGCGCCCUCUCCCUUCUCACAUUUGGAGCAGCUCGUGUCACCGAUCGAGUCGAGCUCAAAGACUGGCUCUGGCCCUCCGGGAUUGUCCUCAACACCUGGGCCGCAUUUCUAGCUCACAAAGCCGCCGAAAGUCCAAACUCGACAGUUCUCGACGCUCUGAUCCGUCUGCCAUGGCCUCAUAAACUUCUGCUGGGUGGUGUAACAGCAUGGGGCACUCGUCUCUUCUAUCGUAUCGCCACACGUUCAGCCGCACGCAAGGGGGAUGAUCCACGAUACACCGCCGUCAAGAAAGAAAAGAACUUCUGGUACAAAGCUCUUCUCUCUCUAUUCCUACCCGAAGCUAUCUUCCAGUCAAUCAUCAGCCUGCCAUUCACUCUGCCCUUCCGUCUCGGCGCCAUUCAGCCUGAAGGACGCGGCGUCGCUUACCAAUCCGGUCCAGAGCCACAGAUCGCUGAAAUCUACCGAGGUCUGGCCGUUGGUCUUUUCUGCACCGGUUUCGCGCUCGAAGUGCUCGCGGAUCACCAGCUGGAAGAAUACAAGCGCCAGGAAGCUGAGGAACCUCAAGGUGGAUUGAACAAGUCUGGCGUAUGGAGCAUUGUCCGACACCCAAACUACCUGGGUGACUUUCUAGUCCACCUUGCAUUCCCGUUUUUGUUGCUAUCAUCCUCCGCAACGGACCAGAUUGAUCCGAUUUUGACGUUCUUGGGCCCUCUUGCCAACUACGCUUUCCUCCGCUACGUCGGAGGCGACAAGGAAACAGAGCAAUCCCAAAAGGACCGAUACGAUCAUGAUGCUCAGCGCGGCGACACAGCUGCUGCGAUCAAGGCGCGAGAAUUCGUAGACUACAGGGAAGCAGAAAACAGCUUCUGGCCCAAACCCAAGGAGAUCACCAACAGAUGGACCUGGAUCGCUAUCAGCUGUGGUGCGGUGGGAGUGCUGGUCGAGAAAGCUAUCAGAGGGCAAUUGUUCUAAGUCGGACAAACAUAGCCACAUAGCACCGUCAGCACUUCCCAGGCGCCUGGAAAUGGGGACGAUGGAAGGCUACUAGGUCUUGAACUGUCCACUCUGUACACAAAACUGCAACGAUAGCAAACAUAGAACACCAAAUAAUGUAUCACAGUACCAAGCGGUCAUUCAAAAGAGACAUCUACCAGGAACAUCACAUGAGGAAUGCUCAGCAAACUCAAAUCACAAAACUCCAGUCUUG